UGAGGUGACAGUGGAUCCUGAGGGUCUGUGGUCACAGUAGGUAGGAAGUCUCAGAGGAAGGAGCCCCUCCCUGGGAGCCAGACCCCCACACCAUGGCGAGCGUGGUGGUGAAGACGAUCUGGCAGUCCAAAGAGAUCCAUGAGGCCGGGGACACCCCCACGGGGGUGGAGAGCUGCUCCCAGCUAGUCCCAGAGGCUCCCCGGGGGGUGACCAGCCGGGCCAAGGGGAUCCCGAAGAAAAAGAAGGCCGUGUCGUUCCACGGGGUGGAGCCCCAGAUGUCCCACCAGCCCAUGCACUGGUGCCUGAACCUCAAACGGUCCUCGGCCUGCACCAACGUGUCACUGCUCAACCUGGCCGCCAUGGAGCCCACUGACUCCACGGGGACAGACUCCACAGUGGAAGACCUCAGCGGCCAACUCACACUGGCUGGGCCCCCUGCCUCCCCUACCCUAUCCUGGGAUCCGGAUGACGCAGACAUCACGGAAAUCCUGAGUGGGGUCAACAGUGGAUUGGUCCGCGCUAAAGACUCCAUCACCAGCUUGAAGGAAAAGACCAACCGGGUUAACCAGCAUGUGCAGUCUCUGCAGAGCGAGUGUUCUGUGCUGAGCGAGAAUCUGGAGAGAAGGCGGCAAGAGGCAGAAGAGUUGGAGGGGUACUGCAUUCAACUCAAGGAGAACUGCUGGAAGGUGACCCGGUCUGUGGAAGAUGCUGAAAUCAAAACCAACGUCUUGAAGCAGAAUUCUGCCCUGCUGGAGGAGAAGCUGCGUUACCUCCAGCAGCAGCUGCAGGAUGAGACGCCGCGACGGCAGGAGGCCGAGCUGCAGGAGCCGGAGGAGAAGCAGAAGCCGGAGGCUGGCCUCUCCUGGAACGGCCUGGGCCCCGCCGCCAUGUCCCAGUGCUGCCCCGGCCCGCCAGGGAGUCCCGACAAACCCUCGCGGCCGCACGGCCUGGUCCCCGCAGGCUGGGGAAUGGGGCCUCGGGCAGGCGAGGGCCCCUACGUGAGCGAGCAGGAAUUGCAGAAGCUGUUCACCGGCAUCGAAGAGCUGAGGAGAGAGGUGUCCUCACUGACCGCCCGGUGGCAUCAGGAGGAGGGGGCGGUGCAGGAAGCCCUGCGGCUGCUCGGGGGCCUGGGCGGCAGGGUCGACGGCUUCCUAGGCCAGUGGGAGCGGGCACAGCAUGAACAGGCACAGACGGCGCGGGGCUUGCAGGAGCUGCGAGGUCGGGCGGAUGAGCUGUGCACCAUGGUUAUACCGCUGAAGAGACGACCCGGCAGCACUGGUUACUCAUGCCUCAGGGUGGAGCGGUCAGCAGUGUCUGUGGCUUCACUGAGGAGCGAACUGGAGGGGCUGGGCCCACUGAAACCCAUUCUGGAGGAGUUCGGGCGGCAAUUUCAGAACUCUCGAAGAGGGCCUGACCUCUCCAUGAACCUGGAUCGGUCCCACCAAGGCAACUGUGCCCGCUGUGCCAGCCAGGGGUCGCAGUUGUCUACGGAGUCCCUGCAGCAGCUGCUGGACCGAGCACUGACCUCACUAGUGGACGAGGUGAAGCAGAGGGGCCUGACUCCUGCCUGUCCCAGCUGUCAGAGGCUACACAAGAAGAUUCUGUUCCCCCUCCACCCCCAGACCAGUCCAGCAAGCCCAGCUACGCCUACGCUCCUCUCCCCAGGAGCUGGAGCGCCAGGCCUUAGCCAAACACGUCAGGGCAGAGGCCCUGAGCUCCACCCUUCGGCUGGCCCAAGACGAGGCCCUGCGGGCCAAGAACCUACUGCUGACAGACAAGAUGAAGCCAGAGUGAGGAAGGAGGCUGAGGGCAUGGGAGGAGGGGAGAAGAUGGCCACUCUGGACCAUCUACACUUGAAGAUGUGCUCCCUCCACGAUCAUCUCAGCAACCUGCCACUUGAGGGGUCCACGGGAACAAUGGGGGGAGGCAGCAGUGCAGGAACCCCCCCAAAACAGGGGGGCUCAGCCCCUGAACAAUAAAUGGCCUCUCAUGCUA